GUAUAUAAACACCGUUCGAUGCAUCAUGCAUUUGCUCACCUGCCUUUCCUCGUAGUAAAUCAACUCUCUUCCCUAGUAACCACUUCUCUUCUUUCACUCCCUCCCUUCUCAACUUCCAUCUCUUCUGCUUCUUCUUCUUCCUUUGCUUCGUUCUUCAACUAGAUUCAAUUCAGUACUUUUUUCUCCUUUUCCGCUUUCAAAUCCCACUCAGAUGCAUCUGUCUACUGUCGCUUAGGGUAUUUGUUUGGUUUUCUUAACGCUGGAUCAGUCCGUUAUCAAUCUUCCUUAAUCACACCACUAAAAAAAAAUUUCAAUUAUGUAAUUCUCCCAUCUUCAAUCUUUUCCUCUAUCCCCCAAAAGAAAAAAAAAAAAAAAGAGACUGUCCAUUUUCUAUGCAAAGAGUUGGAUCUUCCUUGCUUUAGGAGUGAAUAAACUGGCUUGUUUCGUUUCUUCUGUUCCUUAGAACCACUUUUAUAAAAGUCUAGAAAGCAUGUAACUUUGUCCUUUUAUUUUCAUCUGAUUCGCAGACCAAAUCUCAAAAAAAAAAAAAAAAAAAAACAGAAUUCAAUUAUGUGUUCUUAGAGGUCUACUGUAGUCCUAAAGCCUUAGCGGUCUGGAGAAGAACAAGAUCAUCGUGUAAAUAGACUAUCAAAAAAACCGUCAGAUCAUGUAAUACUGCCCAUUUCUAGCUGUAUCUUCUAAUUAGAAAAAAAAAAAAAACGAAAAAAAAAAGUUUGCUUCAUCUUUUGUGAAGAAGAAGAAGAAGAAUGCCGGAGUCGGAGGCGGGGACACCAACAGUGUCAGCGCCGAAUACGCCAGGGACGCCGGGGGGGCCACUGUUUUCAGCGCUGAGGAUAGACUCGUUGUCCUAUGAUCGCAAGUCGAUGCCAAGAUGCAAGUGCUUUCCCGUAAAUGCACCAACCUUCGGUCCACCCCACACGUGCUUUACUGACUUCCCCGCACCCGACAUCUCUCUUACCCGCAAGCUUGGAGCAGAAUUCGUGGGAACAUUCAUCUUGAUAUUUGCAGCAACAGCAGGACCCAUUGUGAAUCAGAAGUACAAUGGGGUGGAGACACUGAUAGGGAACGCAGCAUGUGCCGGGCUAGCAGUGAUGAUUAUAAUUCUAUCAACGGGACAUAUAUCUGGAGCUCACCUGAACCCAUCCCUGACUAUUGCCUUUGCAGCCCUCCGUCACUUUCCCUGGGUGCAAGUCCCCGCCUACAUAGCUGCCCAAGUAUCAGCCUCCAUUUGCGCAUCUUUUGCUCUCAAGGGAGUGUUCCAUCCUUUUAUGUCCGGAGGUGUCACUGUUCCAUCUGUAAGCACCGGCCAAGCUUUCGCGCUCGAGUUUCUCAUCACUUUCAAUCUCCUGUUUGUUGUCACUGCUGUUGCCACUGAUACCCGUGCUGUAGGAGAGCUGGCGGGAAUAGCAGUUGGAGCUACUGUUAUGCUCAACAUUCUUGUUGCUGGGCCAUCAAGUGGGGGUUCAAUGAAUCCUGUGAGGACACUAGGACCCGCAGUAGCUGCAGGGAAUUAUCGAGCGCUGUGGAUAUAUUUGGUGGCACCCACACUUGGGGCCAUAGCUGGUGCAGGUACGUACUCGGCUGUGAAGCUCCGAGAGGAGGAAGUGGAUCCACCUCGCCCAGUCAGAAGCUUCCGUCGCUAGAGCAACAUAUAUAUUACAAAUAAGAAACACAUGUAUCCAUGUCAUGGGGAAGGACAGGACAUGAUGAUAUCUAUCUUCUAAAGGUGUUGAAAUAAAAUUGCCGAUGUGACUGUAAGUCCACGCCUACAGUGUGUUUGAAAUAAUGCUGCAAAAGGAGUGAUGCUCGUCUUCUCUCCGGUCAAUGCAUCUUUCCUGAUUGUGAUGUUACAUUAUGAACCUUUUUGGUUUACUUUGUCGUUGUUGGUGGUGCUGUUGUUUUCUCGUUUGUGUGAAGUACUUUGAUAACAUUCAAUAAAUUGUGGCUUAUAUUUAGUUUAA